AGACCUCCUAAAUUGCUUACAGGAGAUGAUUACUGCCACCGUUACACCAUAUAUAAUACACUUGAAUCGUCCAGCCAAAAAACAUAGCGAAGGGCACUCCACCACGUGAUUGCGUGUAGAAGAAAAUAAUCUGAAUGCAGUUUCGAGAAGUCGGAGUAAGCAAUAAUGACAUCCUGGAUUGCCAUAGAAACGGGUAUAUAUCCUUUGGUGCAAAGAGCAUCUCGCACUAGCUCUGUAGAUGCUCACAAAUAUUUCAUUGAGAACACUUCUCACAAAAUUUACGCAUAGCCGAAGAAAAAUAUGAUAUUUCGCAUCACCUUCCUGUUGUUCUUCGCCCUCUCCUUGAACACUGCUAGUGCAGCAUCGAAGGCCGAGCAAAAGCAAAAAUCGUUCUCGGUUUUGGACUUCCUUCAAGAUCCUGUUGCCCAGGAAACCGCCCGUUUUGAUGCCUCUCAGCACCAACGCCAGCGUCGAGAGCUACAAGAGUCUCCAGCUUGUGGCGACCAGAUAACUACCAUUACAGCGGGUGAGAUUAAGCAAAUUGCCGCUCUGCUACUGGGAAACGUAUUGGCAGGCGAUUUGGCGGCUUUCGGUGAAGUGGCUUUAGCGGCAAUAGAUCAGGUAAUUGUAUAUGAUUUACAAGCCGUCAAGAUCUGCAGUUCCUGCAUCGAAACCAACAUACUGACCGCGGUUGAACCUUGGAGGAGUGCGGAAGGAUUCGGCUCUUACAAUACAUACUGCAACGAAGGUAUUUUUGGUUUUGAUGCCCAACACAGCAGUGUCAUGUUCCUACCGCUUGACAGAGAGACUGGUUUGCCUGUUAGUGGAAACCUCCGUGGUGUGAUGGCUAUGCACGGACUCUUGUUGGAAAACAGAGAUGCUCCCAGCGAGAUAUUGCCUGCCAAUUUGACAGAGUCUCUGGUAGCAACUGGUCCCGAAGCAUUCUUUUUUAUGAUUAUUGCUUUCUUGGAAAGCCUGGUGGCAUCGUCUGCGGGAGCAGUUUCUCUGAUGCCAGACUUUCUAGGCUCAGGCGAGUCAGCUCUCACCCACAAUCGAACCAUUUCUGUGCCACAAUUUUACAUGCAGUCGGCUGCACAGGCAUAUUUUGGAGCACAGAGCUACUUGGACAAGCAUACAAACGGAUGUACAAAAAUGUACAAUGAAUGGAAUGUUGUAGGAUCCUCCGAUGGCGGCUUUGGAUCUAUUCCUGCUGCUAAAGCUCUUCAAGCAUUGGACAACCGUAUCCUGAAUGUAUUUGCUGGUGCACCAUAUCUGGAUGCCAAUGUACAACUCAGAUUUAUUUUUGACACAUAUCUUAGUGGCUUCUUCAGUCCGGACAAGGAUAACUCCUUCUUGCAGCUGUUUAUUCCACUACUUGGUUUUACGGGCUCAAUUGAAAGUCCUGGAUACCCAAACACUGGGACGGGGCAGAAGUUUGUUGAUGCUUCUCAGCUUGCUGCAGUUACCAAGUGGAUGGCAAAUCCUUCUCCUCUUGGACCAACUGAACUUGCAACUAUUGUACCAUUCCCGGCACUGGAUAUCUUGAACAAAGACUUAGUCGAAAUGUACCAGACAGCAAUUGUGACAAACGUGACCAAUCCUUGUUUGGAAGGCUUGUUUUCCAACAAAACUGAUAAAUUGUGUGAUGUCAUCAAUGAAGGGAGCCUUUUUAGCAUUCUCCAAAGCUUUGACAUUCAAACUCAGCUUUGCUACAGCCAAGAGGACACGCUGAAUACCCGUGACAACUUCAUCCCCGAGCUUUUUGAGAACUCGCUUGUUUCCGAAGUAACUUCACUUUUGCAUGGAAUAUUGCCUAUUACAGGGGAUCACUUAAAAGCCACCUUCCUUUGCAAAAUCAACCCCAUCAGCUUCUUUGCUAUGAAUGGUCCGGCAACAACCAAUCCUCCAGUUUUGACAACUACCAUUGACGGUGACGAAUUGGCAAACUACUUAAAAGCAUCCGGUCCUCGCACCAUCUCCACAAUUACCAGUUCCGGCGGUGUGAAGAUGGGAUUUUCCAUUUUGUCUACUGUGCUACUUCUGGCCUACUUCCCUUUUGUUUGA